UGAGUCACGUCACGGGUUCAAACCCUGUCUCCUCCUCCUCCUCCUCCUCCAUGUGUUACCUGCAGCUGCACCUCCUCUCUCAGGACUGUGCGCCCUCACUGCGCCAUGGCCACGGACGCAUGUUGCACGGCUCCUCUCCACAUGGAUUACGAGACGAAGAUCUUCCCUCACACCGGCGGCUACGGACGCUACAACCGCGUCGUGGUCGUGUUCAGCUGGUUCCCCAACCUCGCGGUCAUGCUGAACCUCUUCAGCGACGUCUUCUUCACACUGAUCCCGGAAUCGUACCACUGCAAGCCGGACCCGCAGCUGCUGCCAUCCACCUUCCUCCUGAGCAACUUCUCCAGACAGCGCUACUUCAACCUCACCAUCCCCUGGGUGAUCGGCUCCGGCCUCAGCCACUGUGAGCUCUACAAGUACCCGGCCAACACCUCGGAGCUCUCAGACACCGUGCCCAGGGAGAGGGUGUCCUGCACCCAGGGGUGGGAGUACAGCCACUCAGCGGGGCUCCAGAGCAACUUUGUCACCGAGUGGAACCUGGUUUGCAGCGACUACUGGAAAAUCCCUUUGCAGCACAUCUGUUUCAUGACAGGGUGGAUUCUGGGAUAUAUCUUCCUCGGUACAUUAUGUGACUGGUAUGGUCGUCGGCGAUGUUUCCUCCUCUCCAUCGCUCUGUCCAGUCUGUUGGGGGUCGCCGUGUGUUUGUCCACUAGUGCUGAGCUGUUUCUGCUGCUGCGUCUCGCUCAAGGCGCCGUGCUCGCCGGGGUGCUCCUGUCCUCGUACAUCACCAGGUUGGAGCUGUGUGAUCCUCCCCAUCGUCUCAUGGUUGCCAUGGUCAGCGGCUUCUUUGCCCUGUUUGCAGAGCUGCUGUUGCCGGGUAUCGCCGUUUUGUGCCGAGAUUGGCCCAUUUUGCAGGCUGUGAUCACGCUGCCUCUGCUCCUGCUGCUCUCCUAUUGGUGCUGUGCAUCAGUUUUUCCUGAGUCUCCUCGCUGGCUGCUGGCCACCGCUCAGAUCCCUCAGGUGAAGAGGAGCUUCCAGGAAUUUUCCACCAGAAAUGGUGUUUGUCUGCGAGACGAAAUCUACCCCGGUGAAACUGUGCUGUCAGAGAUAGAUUCAGCAUAUGGGGAAGACUGUCGCCCGAGCUACCACUCAGUUCUGGAGCUGCGUGGGACUCGUGUUAUCUGGAAAAACUGCCUCAUCCUCAGCUUCACUCUGUUGAUAGGAACAGGCAUUCAGUACUGUUUCACCAGAAACCUGCACAGUUACUCCACCAACUUCUACUUCAGCUACUUCCUCAGAGUCAUCACCGGAGUGCUGGCCUGCAUCUUCAUCUGUUUGUCCGUCAAUCGCUUUGGUCGUCGUGGUAUUCUCCUGCUGUCCGCUAUCAUCACCGGACUGUCGUCACUGCUGCUGCUGGCCCUCACUCAGUACCUGCGUGGAGGCCUGGUGUUGGUGUUCUCUGUCGUGGGGCUGCUGUUCUCUCAGGCUCUCGCUAUGCUCAGUGUGUUCUUCGCCUGUGAGGUGAUGCCCACUGUCAUUCGAGGUGGUUGCCUCGGCCUGGUGCUGGCAGCGGGAUGUGUCGGCAUGGCCGCCUCCUCCCUGAUGGAGCUCCAGAACAACAGCGGCUACUUCCUCCACCAUGUCAUUUUUGCCUCCUUCGCUGUCCUCUCCGUCCUCUGCAUAAUGCUGCUUCCUGAAAGCAAACGCAAGCCGCUCCCAGACUCCCUGAAGGAGGGCGAGAACCAGAGGCGGCCUCCGCUCUUUCUGUCCCGGCCUGACAGGGACAACCUGCCUCUGCUGUGCACCCGACCCCCUCUGUCGUCGUACAACCCAGACAGCUAUUCCCGCUUGGUUUCCGCCACCAGGAAGAUUUUGACUAAAGAGAAUUUGCCAUAUCGGAUUUCUGUGCCGGCUCACUCCCCUCUGCUGUCGAGCAGUGAAACCCAGGGCCAAGACAAUGAGAUGCAGAGGGUGGUUGUUUCUUAAGAACCUCUGGAUCCUCCUCUGUGCAAAUGUGGAAUAUCCCUCCUCCUUCUUACCUCUGAUGGUUUACCUUCAUCCUUUAGUGAAUUGUUUUCUCAGGCACUGGAUGCUCAUAACUCUGCAGAAGAACUGGCCUCAGCUUGGAUGCGUUGCGCUUGAGAGCGAUAACUCCAAGUUUGUUUUCAGCGAAAUCCCAGUAUCUUCCUGUUGUGUCUUACACUUGAACUUGUUACAGUGUGUUGAUAUUUACUCCUGUGGAUUCGGCUCUUUUGGGGUCUAGAAAAGUCUCAUCUGAACUGUGACUGUGCAAGUUUUCUCUUUGUGUUGUAUAUUCCUUUUUUUAAAUGGUUAACACUCCUCUGGAAAGUCCAGUUGAGGUCACGCUGCUUGUUUCUCAUUUUUUUAGUUUUCCCAGAGAAGCUGGCUCCACCGUGCAGCUGCUGUAAAUCAUCAUGGGAUCAUGUGAGCAUCAGCCCUUUGUCCAUUUCUUAGCAACUCAUGCACUUUUCAUUAAGUCUAUUCAUCUGAUUCACCAGCAGUGUCUCUGCUGAGAGGAAACACAAGAGUGGUUAAUGCUGUCAUCGUGGAAGUCUUGUGUUAUACCCAGGAAGCACACAAGAGGGUGCUAAAGUAUAUGCUGGUCACUGGCACAAGGGAUCAUUAUCCUACAAUGAGACAAUCACAAUAUAUUUUUUAUCGAUAAGAAUAAAACUUAAGUCCAAUAAAUAUAUUGAUAUAUGUCGUGUGUGUUGUGCCUGCACAGCGAGGAGGUAAAACACAUCAUUCAUCUACCUCAGACUCUGCUCGUAAAGAAGAGUUUAAAACCACAAUCUUCACUCAAAAACAAAAAUCAGUGUUUGAAUGAAACAAAAUAAUAAUGUGACAGUCGUGAUAAUUAUCAAUAUCGAUUUGAUAUCAUUUUUUUACUUUAUUGCCCAGCCCUAAUUUAUUCCUUAACUUAUCCCUAACAAGCUCUGAAAUCAGAACGUUUCACUUCACAGAGUAUUGAACUCAAUGUGGAAAAUGAACAGCACGUACAAACCAGAUGAUGGUUGCCAACAGUUUUUUCAAAGGGUUUUUUUUUUAUAAUAGCUUUCUCUGUUGAAAAAAAAAAGUUACAUUUGCAAAUGAACAGACUGUAGCUGGCAGACAAAACGUGAAUCCCCUCUCAGUCCUGUGGUUCUGUCCUUGAAUUCAUAUUUGUUAAAUUUGACAUUGAAUUUCUUUUAAUGGUUUCAUCUGUAUUUAGUGUGUGUGUGUGUGUGUGUGUGUGUGUGUGUGUG